ACUGAUUUUCAGCGCUUCUCCGGGAGAGCUCGGCUCUUCUGUGCCGUUGUGUGUCGACGCUGGGCGUCGGUUGUCCUCCCCAGCAGCCGUGUUUACUGCUUUGGUUAAUGUCUGUUUAGGCUCUUCAUUUCGGCGAAAUAACGGAGAUAAAAUGAACGGGAAAUCAUCGAGCGGAACGCCGGCCUGUAUCGAGGGUCUCCCCCCGCUUCCGAAGAGCCUGAGCGGCUUGCUGAACUCGAGCGGCGGCUCCUGGAGGGACAUGGAGCGGGUGUACGUGAAGAAGACCAUGAUCCAGGACGACCUGAGCCGCGGCAGGGCCAACACCGACGGCCUGCUGGCCAACAAACCGGCCAACCUCGACGCUGCCCUGGCACUCCUCAGGAAGGAAAUGGUGGGUUUGCGGCAGCAGGACAUGUCUCUGCUCUGCCAGCUCUGGUCCCUCCAUGAGUCCAUCCAGGAAUAUAAGGGCAGCUGCCAGGACCUUUCUGCCGGUUCCAGCGCCGACGGCCCAUACGGGAUGGAGAACGGCUACUUCGACGAAGACGACGAGUACUACACGGAGUCCGGAGUGACCCCCACCGAGACGCCAGAUGGGGCCGAACUGUCGCCCCAGAACGGAACGGCCCAGGGCAAGUGGCUGCACGACUCCCUCCACGUCACGAUAUGAGGGAGCCGGCUGGGCCGCAGCUGAGGGAGGACGCUGUUCUCUGUGGGACAGAGCUCCGGUGCUGCUGCAGCUGUGCUGGCUUUUUUUUUUUUUUUUCCUUCUAUAGAAACUAUAAAUCAAGAUUAUUUAUUAUAUAAUACAGUAUAGUUCCCUUUUUCCUGAUUUAAUGGACGUUUUAUAUGACUUGCGAGGAGUGGAGCACCUCUCUUAAUAUUCACGUUUACACUAAAAGCUUCCCUGAGCUUCACCUGUCUGUGCUCCGCCCACAAGUCAGUCCUCUCCUAGCAACUGUUGCUAAGCUGGCUUGCCGUUCCCAAGGCCAGAAUCCCAACCAGUGUUGGAGUUUACAUUCGUUGAUCGAGUUUCCAGGUUAAAAUGACAACAGAUGUGCCACCGCGCUGACGCAACGACACGUGAACUCCAUCCCGGCACCUUUUACACACGUACGAAACAAACGUUUCGGAUAAAUUACGCUGCGAUUUCCCAGAUUUGGACGAAACCGGAGUUGUGUGCGACAAGUUCUCAUUAGGUUAAUCACGCUGAUGUUCCGUAAAGCUUGUCCAGCCUCAGUAGAAGCUACAAGAGAACACGUUUGUGUUGUGUUGGGCGGAGCAUGGAUGGGUCAGUGAUGGAGGGGAUGACCUUAGGCAGUGAUAUGCUGGUUCUGGCCUGAUUUCUGACUUUAUCCUAGAUUUAACAGCAACAGACAAGUCGGAUUCGGGGCGGAGACGCUAGUUUACAUUAAAUACGUAUCGGUGGACGAUUUAAGACAAAUGUGAAUAAAUGUGAUGCUGGAAAUGCUACCUAUAUCAAGCAGAUGCUCCUCCUAAAACGGAGCGUCACACUAUAAUAACGCUUCUUCGCUGCCGUUAUUAUAUCUAAAAGCUCCUCUUUUUCUCUUUUUCUGCUAUGAACUUUCUGCUGCAGCCAACGACAAGAUCGCACUGCGUAUAUCCUGAAGAGAGAGAGCAAAAUGUGUGCUGUGUACACAUUCCUUACCACGGCGGGACUCAUUUACACAGCAUUUAAACUGUACACAAGUGAUGCCGGUACAUAAUGCAUAAAAUAAUCAGGUGGCUACUGAGGUUUACCUUCUUCUCCCAGCAGCAGACUCUAUAAAUCAACUACUCUGCUAAUCAAUGACCGCAGCUUGUGCAGUAGAAUGAUCAUUAACCAAACCAAGCAGUAUACUGUGUAUAUAAAUACCAGGCUGUUAUUCCAUAUGCAUAUUAAUAUGGGUGCUAACAUACAGUCUUCCAUUUCCUUUGGGUUCCUCCACGUGGACGUCAAGGGAGCAAUUCGUGAGACACGUUACUCCAUAGCCUCCCUACUGACCAACACCGUAAUACGGGUGGAAUCAAGUUCUUAUGGCGUACGAACUGAUCACGGCUCAGGCACGCAAACCAAAGACACAUGCUGUGCUGCACAUACAGCUUCAUAUCAGUUACGCUCAUUCCAGAUGUUACGGGAUUGCAGAGUCUCAUCAGUGGACGAUUCUGGGCCACGUUUGUCUGGUACUGUUUGAGGUGGACGGUGUGAGGUGAUGCCGUUUGCCAGUUCUUGGCAUCAUGUCUUAAACGAUAAAGGUCCACUGAGCUCCUGAAAAUUACAGCUAGGACAUUUUGGUGUAUUGAACGUGGCUGUUGUAGCAGUGCUGCUUAUCAGCUGGAGUCAUAAUAGAUUGAGGAUGUAGGGGUAGGAUAUCUAACACACGUGUAGGGCUGGGAAUUUUCGACAUCAGUACCGAUGCCUUGGCUUUGGCGUUUACACAGCGGGUAAAAGUGGCCUAAAUCUGAUCUUUUUCCUCAUGUGUGGCACAGAUGUGGAAAAAAAAACACAAUCUGAUAUUUUCAAUUCCGAUUCGAGACGCUUUCACAUGUGGUGCUGUGAAAUCCGAUCCGUAUCCGAUCUGCAGGAGAGCGACUCGGUAUGACCAGCCAGAUCAGGAUUCAUGCGACUUCUACGUCAGUCCAACUCGACAUUCGUUAUUAUUUUGCUCUGGUGAGACUCAAACAUUAACCAAAAAUUAGUUUUUGAAGAGAUAUCCAAAGAAAUAUCCAAACGCGGUCGUAGGAGAGCGAGACUGCAGCGUCAAAGAACAGUUCAAAGGCUAAGUUUAAAGAAUCCAAGGACGUGAACCAAAGAAGUGACCGCGCCCUUUUUACGGCAUACAGAUCACGUUUAGAAGAUAAUAUGAACAGCCAAACAAAAAAAUCAGAUUUGGGCCACAACGUAGCUUUUGUUACUGGUUCUUAAAUGAUAUUUUACUUCAACGUUUUGAAGUGGCUAAAACCUGAAAUGACUGCUGGAAGCUGUUGUAUUUACAGCCCAAUGCAUCGCAGGCAAAUCAAGAAAUAUUGACGUUAAUAACCAGCCAGUCAGCAGUUCAGAUUUUGAAACAGGCAUACCCAAGAUAGGAUUGACCAAUCAUGCUGCUCGGAAAUGGGACGUCGGAGCUUGGAAUUACGUCAUUAUUCCCUACUUUAUUGCUGUUAUGUUGCCAUGUUGAUUUGACGUGAUGCUGAGCUCUGAGUGAGCACACUUUCCUGCCUUUCCAAUUAGGAAUUCCCAGUUAAGGAGUUUUCUUCCCCCCCCUAUUCAUCGUAAGGCUGAGCCAUUUGAGCAAAAUAUCUAAUUUCUUUUUUUUUUUUUUUUUCUUUUCUGACUAAUAUUGUGGCUGCGGUUUAAACCGAUUAUCAGUAAGAAGGUUCCACCUUUUCUGGCUUGAGGUUUGACCCCUGAAUCCAGUGUCCCGAACUGCCAGUAAGCUGUGGUUGUGAUGGCACAACACAGGGAUGAUUGGUUGCCUCUGACUGGUCCAACUCCUCUACAGGCAGUUCACAAUCUCCAUGUUAUUCGGCUCAGUUUCCACUCUCAAAACUUAAGUCAACGUUUUUGAUAAAUCAGACGAUAACUUUAAAAAAUUGCAGCUCUUGCGAUUUGAAAAUUGCGAUUUCGUAGGUAUUCCAGAUUACAGGUAUAAAUUUGAGCUUGAACAACACAAUCAAUAGUGGUAGUGAAGUAAUCCAGUCAAUCCAUCGAAGUAUUGAGUGUUGAUGCCCAGCUGUGUCUGUAAUUCAGCUCUUCUAGAUGCUCAGGUGUUCUAGAGCAAGAAAAAGGCCAAAUUCCACAAAGACUGGGCUCUCGGUGUGAGUCGGGGCUCUCGAGGUGUAUAAAAGGGUAGUUUGGCGAAAAAUCGAAUGUGUACAACCUUCGCUUCUGUCCCAGAUGUAGUCAGUCAGCCAAGACCUGUCUUGACUGCAUGCCCACGUAAUGGAAAGCACAUAAGUAACCUCAGAUAGACUCGCUCAACGGCUUCACGCAGUUUGAGUCAAGUGUGGCGAUUUAAGCAGAUGGCACGGUUCUAAUUAGCCACAGUUUAGCUUCAUGCGUCCAGUGCUAAGGCAGGAAAUCUUCUUCCUCUACUCUUUGACUGCCUCAGACUGUGCUGCAUCAUUUGGAUAUGCUGGCUGACUCAUUUCCUCCCAUCAGCAGACACAAAUGAAUGGCUCUUUCUUAGUGCUCAGCGCUUUACUGUACCAGCCUGGACUGAUUUUUCCCAAAACCUUUGCAGAACAGUGACCGCUUAUGAGUAUCAGCGUGAACCCCCUCGUUAGGGGUGGGCAAUAUGACACUUUCUAUAUGGGGUGUUUUGGCAAGUCGGAACAGACAAAAAGGAACGAGUACUAAUGCAAUGAUUUCUAUGCUGUCGUAAUUCAAUAUGCAGUUGGUCAGUUUUCUUUAAGCGCAGGUGUCGACCAAUCCGGCGGUGCUUUUGUCUCAAUUUUGAAGAUCUAAAGAUCUAGUCUCAUACAGGUUCCUUCUAAAUGGAUUAUUCUGAUUAGUUCUUUAUCACAGUACAGAAAAAAAACGUUGAAUUGAUCAUUUCGGUGGUACGAUACGGGUAUCAGUGAGUUUAUACAGUUUGGAGGCUGUGAAUAGAACGUUUACUGAUUUAUUGAGGUUGACGUCUAUGACUAAGUACUGACGAUGUCCACGUUAUGCUCAUAAAGGCACAUUGUGGUGCGUUUUAUCACUGUAACCAUAAAUGUCAUAUUUUGCACUGUCUACCAUACAGUUGAUCAAAUAAUGAUCGUUGUGCUGCAGAGGUUGUGGGAAAUGUAGUCUUGUUCAGUUAAUAAUCGCUGCAUUUGUCUUUCUACUCUUGCCUAAUUCUGGCUCUAAGUUCAGUUCACUAAAGCAUGUUCCACCCAUAGAUGAGCUCUUUUCGUCAGAGCUUUGGGGCCACUAUGAAAAUAGUAAACUUCGAGAAUAAAAUGGGAAUAUUUUGAAAAUAAAGACAAAGUUACAAGAAUAAAGAUGUAAAGUUGCAAGUGGCUAAAGUUAUUAAUAUUAUAUGUCAAGUUAUUUCACCGCUGGUGUAACUUGUUGGGGUCUCGGGCGCUGUACUGUCAAGGUCCACACUCCUCGUUUCCUUGUGGAUCAAUCAUUUUGAUCGUCUUUCAUCCAUCCAUGUGCCCUCUUUGAAUGACAUGAGCAUUUCUUUAUGGGUGAAAAUGAUAAAGUAUAACCUUUCCUGGUAUUAAUGCCACUUAAAUGUUGUAAUUCUCAGAGGUGUGAAGUUCAGGUCCAGAAAUUAAAAAUCCUUCCCAGGAUUUUGUUCCCAGCGUCCUGGCUUCUCUAGUUAGAUCAAACCUCCAGCUGAGCUGUCCAGGCAGUUGGAACAAAAUCCUGGGAAGGAUUUUUAUUUUCUGGACCUGAAAUUUACACCUCUGGUAAUUCUACGAUUUUAUCAUUGAAAUAUUACGACUUUAUUCUCGAAGUUUUUUUAACAGUGGCCUUAAAACGCUGUCAAAGAUCUUCGUAGCUACUGUCGCAAACUUUUACAGAACGCUGGCAGAAAUCCAACUUACUUUUGAUCCUUAAUGUUGAGUUUUCAGCUAAAAACGCUACACUACCCAAAAAAAGCCUCCAUCUGCUUCCACAAGCAUACAAAAUAAAUAUAAUCCGACGUAGUUAACACACUCAGAACGAUCCGUGUUUUGACCAGAACGGAUUGCUGCUGUCUCUGAAGUGGGAUUUCUGCUCAUGUUCUACAAAGCUUGUCCAACAGUAGCCGCUAAAGAGUAAUCAUCAUUUGAGGACCUUUUUAAGGUCAGUGAUGUAUUCAUCAAUGCGUUUGUGGGCAGAGCUCGGGACGGUCAGCUACAUCAAAAGUUCCAAGUUCUCUUUUUUGGCGAUUCUAGCAUCGCAAGACGUUGAAAAAGCAAUCGGAGAAGCUCUUGUCUUACGCUGCCAGGCUUUGUGUGCGUCUUCACCCUGAUCGUUCCUCACGGAGUGCCUUCUUAACAGCCUGGCCCAAAACUCAGGCUUUUGGAUUUUGCAGCCCUUUUCAUAAACCACCUCUGACGUCCGUAACGGCAUGCAUCAUAUACGCAGGACCCUCAAACAGCUGGUAGAAAGAUCUAGAAAUUCACCACGAAUGUCUCCUCACCAGUCUUGUACGUUGUACCUGAUUGUUUUCCUCUAAGGUGGAAAUCCCAUGUGUUCAUAGCAAUGUGCAAAAAAACCGAGAUGAGCUGAUGACUGAUGGUCGCCGUGUCUUGCUUUGAGCUCCGUGUGGUUGGUCAUGAGAUGCAUUCCUCCAGUGCUUCGUGUGCAGCGGCGGUAAAUGACCGUUGGGUGAAAGCGAUGGCGGACUUGGUCACUUGUAUCGUGUUUUAUUAGUUGAGUUUAUUCCAUGGUGUUUUUUUAAACCGUUGAAAUCAUGAUCAGCGAAUGAGUAAUAAAAGACUGGCGUGUCCGGGGUGACGUUUGUAUGUGUGUGUUCUACGGAAUGACCUUACUACUGUACGUUUUGGAGGAUUGUUUUUGUAUGCUUUUUUUGUAUAUGUAAUAAUUAUAUUAAAGGAAUAAUUUACAUCA